AUGGGUCUUUCAAUUUCGAAACUUCUUCAAGGCUUGUUUGGCAAACGGGAGAUGCGCAUCCUGAUGGUGGGUCUAGAUGCAGCUGGUAAAACCACCAUCUUGUAUAAACUCAAGCUUGGUGAAAUUGUCACUACCAUCCCAACCAUUGGAUUUAAUGUCGAAACGGUAGAAUACAAGAACAUUUCCUUUACUGUUUGGGAUGUAGGUGGACAGGAUAAGAUUAGACCAUUAUGGCGUCACUACUUCCAAAAUACCCAAGGAAUUAUUUUUGUUGUGGACUCUAACGAUCGUGAGCGUAUUUCGGAGGCGCGGGAAGAACUCCAGCGUAUGCUUAAUGAAGACGAACUGCGUGACGCGCUUCUUUUAGUAUUUGCAAACAAACAAGAUUUGCCAAAUGCUAUGAAUGCUGCGGAAAUUACUGAUAAACUUGGACUUCACUCUCUUCGACAACGCCAUUGGUAUAUUCAAGCCACUUGUGCUACAAGUGGUGAUGGUCUGUAUGAGGGUUUGGAAUGGUUGAGCACCAAUCUAAAGCGUAAAGUCUGA